GAGGAAGGAACACGCCUGGACCUUCCCUGUCUCCGAGCUGCCUCGGCGGAGGAGACGGACAAGUGGAGGUCGAGCAGGAUCUGCAGCAGUCGGAAUAAUGUCCGUGCAGGAGAAGGGGCUGUUACUGGAAUGAAGAAGGGGGGUUAUCCUUACAGUUUAGAAAGAUUUUCGAGUGUUGAGAAAUGUUUGGGAUUUAGAAUAAUAAAUUCCAAAAGUGCUUAUGACUUCACAUCUUUGGCUUUCACUGGAUGCGUGUGUGUUUUUUUUGGGCCAAGUUAAAGGAUUACUGUUUGGGUCUUUGUAGAUAGUAACACGUUUUAACUCCUAGUUUUCGAGAAACCUUGGCGAUUCCGUGACGCCGUCCCAGUCUUGUGCUCUUUUCCUGGGAUCCUGCAGCAGGGCUGGGCAGGAGACUCCUGCGGUAAAGUCGGGCUCCACUCGGCACCGAUCCUGUCCGCUCCGGACCUCUAGAGUCAUCUGCUUCCGGCGCCGUUCGGGAUCCACGCCACAGAUGAGCCAGAACGUUUUCUCAAGCCUAGAUAAGUCUUCGCUUUCUCCUGUCAAUCAGAGGCGUUGGCAGAAUAUUCGAAUGCCUGCCCGAACAAGUCUCUUACCCCGGCUCUGUGACCCCUGACCCCUGACCCCUGGCCCUUGAUCUCACCGUGCCCAAGAUGGAAGCCACAGGGAAGUUCGAUUUCAACGCCACUGCGGAGGACGAGCUGAGCUUCCGCAAGGGAGACAUCCUCAAGAUCUUAGCGACUCAAGAUGACUGGUUCAGAGCCGAGCUUCACGGUCAUGAAGGCUUUGUGCCCAGAAACUACAUAGAGAGACGAGUGCCCAGCUGGUACCAGGAGGAUGCCCGGCGCCUGUCUGCGGAGGAGACCCUGAUGUCCCGGGAGGUGGGCACCUUCCUGAUCCGCGGCAGCCAGAGCUCUCCGGGGGAUUUCUCAAUCUCCGUCAGGCACGAGACGGACGUGCAGCACUUCAAGGUGAUGAAGGACGGGAAGGGCAGCUACUUCCUCUGGUCGGAGAAGUUCCCCUCCCUCAACAAGCUGGUGGAGUACUACAAGACCAACUCCAUCUCCAAGCAGAAGCAGAUCUUCCUGCGGGACGGGUCCCGGGACGAGCCGCCCUUCCCCCCACACAUGCAGACCAAGAGGGGCAGUCACGAGGAGAGAGGCCACCCCUUAGCUGGUUUCGGGGGUCUUCCUAAUCCAGGAGCCCAUCGCAGGCCUUCCGACAUCCCCUCCCAACAGAUAAAGCGGAGCAGUCUGGAUGACCGGGUGCACGCCCCGCACUCGGGGAUGGGCAGCUCCGGAACCUGCGGCCCGCCUCGACGCCCAUCCGAACCCCUGCCCCCCGUACAGAGCUCAGUGUUCAGGGUGAAGGCACUAUACGACUUCAUGGCAGAAGAGAGCGACGAACUCGGCUUCCGCACCGGCGACAUCAUCGAGGUUCUGGACCGCUCGGACCCCUCCUGGUGGCGGGGGAGGCUGCGUGGGCAGACGGGCCUCUUCCCCUCUAACUACAUCGUACCACUCUGAGAACACCCCCCUCGUCCAGGGAGCAGUGGAACAUUCCGCUGAAACACAGCAUGCUUCCCUGAGAACAUGUCCAUGGCUCGGCCCAUCUCCCAUGUUAGGGGUGGGGGGGGCACGUUAGCGAUACUAAUGUUGUAGAAAAAGAUGAUUUUGGAAAGCCUCUGGCAGGGAUGGUGGCUUUCUCGAGAGAGAAUCGCUGGGCACCCCCGGGUCUCUAAUUCACUGUUUCUCAUUAUUGCUUCAGCCUCGUGUUUAAUGUGGGUUUGUCCUCCCAGCCAGCCCAGGCCGUGUAGCCGAUUCCAGCGUCCCAGCGGAGAUCGGUCUCCUGCGGCCUUUUGUCCGUGCUCCUUACCGAGCGCGAUGAGCGGCACUCCUGCGAAAACCCUGAGCACCCCCAGGGAAACUUCCCCGGCCCAAUCCCAACAAACGGAAUUGCUGUCGUUUGUGUGUGUUUGUUUGUUUUACAAAAAGAAACUGCUUGCAACGGGACCAAACCUCUCGGAGUGCGGCCUGCCCCAGCAGCUCGCGGAUUUCGCAGGCAGUGGCGGCUCAUCGCGGCCGGCGUGACAUGCGGGUCCGCGUGCCGUCUGCAGGACCCUCGGCUCCCCGCGACUCCUCACCCCCCUGCCCUGCUAGACGUUGAGUCUGCUGGUCUGCGUGUGCGCGUGUGCGUGUGUGUUUAUGAGGGUCCAGUGCUCCAAGGCGCAAAGCAUGCUCCUUGUUGGCUCUGGACACGCUGACCUCCAGUAGCAACAGGGGUCAGUCUGUGCCUCUCGCCGGCUCCCGGAGUCCUGCCGGAGGAUCGGCCACAUCCGAGAGACGUCCCCAGUGCAUCGUGGGCCAUCCCCGCUCGCCGGACAGCGGCACCGGUCCAUCUCAGUCCAGGACCGGUCCUCUGUUUCUUCCCAAGUGCCUUGCCGUCCCAAGAGUCCAUUGCCCGUGUUGUUUGUCGUACGAGUUCUAAUAAAAACAAAUGAGAACGA